CCUUGUUUACCGGAAGGUGAUAGUUACUGCAGAGAUCGCGUUCCAAACAGCAUUUGUUUGCCCGAGAAGAAUGAAUGUUUCUGUAAACUGGGAUACGUGGCAAUACAAGAGGAUCACGGCAUCAGCUGCAAGACGCUGCUGACUGGCCUGAAAUGCAAGGUGGAUGCAGACUGUGUACAUUUCAGCCAUAGUGCCUGUCAUCCCGGAGCAGGUUACUGCUAUUGCCCUGCAGGCACAAGACUCGUGCUGCAAGAGCACGCAUGCCGUACGUUCCAUCUUUUCGUUUUCUCGCCG